GUUUGCUACUGUUAUUUUUCCCGGAGCCAGAUUCCAAAUCUCGCUUUAAAGGUGCGGGAGAGAACAUCGGGGAGUCAAAUCCCUUCUAUAGUAACUCGACUUGCGUGCACGUCAAGGGCAUCGGGAAGGAGAUUUCGGUGGUUUAAAAUCUUACAGUCGAGGGGAUUAAUAGAGUGAGGGAGCAGAUCUAGAGGGUGGAGCCUCUUUCCGAUCCCCGGGUCGAAGGAUGGCGGCUCUUGCCCGCCUGCUGGAGCGUCUUCUCUGUCCAGCUAGCAAGGAAGAUGGGGCGGAGGACGAAGAGGAAAAGGAAGAAGAGGGGCCUCAGUUUAUCCUGGACACGCCGCGAUGCGCCCAGCGGCCGCACGGGGGUGUGGCGGCCUCUUGGGGACUGCGUUUCGAGGCAAGCGCCGCGCAGGGCUGGCCGCACAUGGAGGACGCUCAUUGCGCUUGGCUCGCGCAACCCGGGCUGCCCCCAGGUUGGGCUUUCUUCGCAGUCCUCGACGGCCACGGCGGGGCGCGAGCUGCCCUUUUCGGCGCGCGACACCUGCCCGGCCACGUGCUUGAGGCGCUGGGCCAGGCACCUGGCGAGCCUGAGGGCGUGUGCCGGGCGCUGCGCCGCGCCUUCCUGAGUGCAGACGCACGCCUGCACGAGCUCUGGCCCCGCGGCGAGCCAGGUGGCUCCACCGCUGUGGCGUUGCUUGUCUCCCGGCGCUUUCUAUACCUGGCACACUGCGGUGAUUCCCGCGCGGUGCUGAGUCGCGCCAGUGCUGUGGUUUUCAGCACCGAGGACCAUCGGCCCCUCCGGCCCCGGGAACGUGAGCGCAUCCAAGACGCAGGCGGCACCAUCCGCCGCAGGCGCCUCGAGGGCUCUCUGGCAGUGUCGCGAGCACUGGGCGACUUUGCUCACAAAGAGGCUCCAGUACGGCCCCCUGAGCUACAGCUCGUUUCCGCAGAGCCUGAGGUGACCGCCCUAUCACGCCGGGCUGAAGACGAAUUCAUGCUCCUGGCCUCCGAUGGAGUGUGGGACGCGAUGUCUGGCGUUGCCCUGGCAGGACUGGUGGCAUCGCGCCUCUGCUUGGGCCUGGCCCCGGAGCUUCUCUGCGCGCAGCUGUUGGACACGUGUCUUUGCAAGGGCAGCCUGGACAACAUGACCUGCAUCCUGGUCUGUUUCCCAGGGGCUCCCAGGCCUUGUGAGGAGGCGAUCAGGAAGGAGCCAGCACUGGAUGCAGCCCUGGGCCGCAGGGUGACUGAGCCGUGUUCAUCUGCCCAGGAACCCCCCAGUAUGAACACGGUUUUCAGGAUUCUGGUCUCAGAGGACAUCCCGAAUUUACCAUCCGGAGGACUCUACUGCAAAGCCACAGUCAUCGCUGAAGCUUAUUCUCAGUUCUGCCAAGCCUCAGGAAAGUGCUGGGAGAAGGGACAGAACGGGGCUGGGAAGCCCACUGGCACCCAUGCAAGCGCUGCCGUGGACUUGGAGACCUAACAGCUCUCCUCCUUUGGCCACCCUUUGCCCAGGUGUGGCCUCAAGAGAACCGAGGAAGAAAACUCCCUUUCUCCAGUUUCGCAG